AUGCAGACCACCAUCCUCAUCGCUGCCUUUGCCGUCUUCGGCGCCAUGGCUACUCCGGCCCCAAGCCUCUUGGGCAUCGAAGUCAUCCGCGAGGAUAAUGUGACCUUGGUCCGUGAAGUUCCACGCGCAUUGAACGCACGAUCGUGCACCAAUUGUGUUCACGUUGGAGGCGAGUGCACAAUUGGAGAGGGUAAUUGCUACAGCUCUGAGCAUGCUUAUUGCACCGAUUGUGGCAACGGACGUGUCAUCUGUGUUGAUACUGCUGGGGGUUCUUGUGCUGCUCCAUAA